ACGUUUUAAUGUAUAUAUUUUGGCGCAAGGAAGGCGCAGCGUUUCAUUCAAACGUGAAGUUGCUACUGUAAGGUGUUAAAAAGUGUUGUGUGUGUAUAUUUUAAAUAUUCGUUUAAAUUGACUAUUUGGACUAUUCUUGGAGUUAUUUGUGACUAGGAUAAGCAUUCAUUCACAAUGGGCAAAGAUUACUACAAAAUAUUAGGACUCUCAAAAGGAGCGUCUGAUGACGACAUAAAGAAAGCGUACCGCAAGUUGGCGCUGAAGUACCACCCAGACAAGAAUAAGGCAGCUGGUGCCGAGGAGAGGUUCAAGGAAGUAGCGGAAGCUUACGAAGUGUUGUCAGAUAAGAAGAAACGCGAAAUCUACGAUGCUCACGGCGAGGAGGGCCUCAAGGGAGGAAUGGGAUCACACAAUGGACCUGGUGGUGGCCAGUCGUUCUCGUACACGUUCCACGGAGACCCGAGGGCCACGUUCGCACAGUUCUUCGGUUCAGCGAGCCCGUUCCAAGCGUUCUUCGACCUGAACGGCGGCUCCGGCGGCACCACCAUGUUCUUCGACCGCGACAUGGACGUGGACAUGGACCCGUUCGCCAACAUGGGCAUGGGCACGGCGCGGCCCGGCGGCCCCGGCGGCGCCUUCCGCAGCCACAGCUUCAACUUCCACGGAUCACCCAGCCGGAAGGAGAAGACCCAGGACCCGCCGAUCGAACACGACUUAUACGUAUCCCUGGAGGAUAUCGCGCGCGGCUGUGUCAAGAAGAUGAAGAUAUCGAGGCGUGUGCUGCAGCCUGACGGCACCUCGAAGAAGGAGGACAAAGUUCUGACCAUCCAUGUGAAGCCAGGCUGGAAGGCUGGCACCAAGAUCACGUUCCAGAAGGAGGGCGACCAGGGUCGCAACAAAAUUCCAGCUGACAUUGUGUUUAUCAUCCGGGACAAGCCACACCCAUUGUUCAAGAGGGAGGGCAGUGACAUCAGAUACUCAGCCAAGAUCUCACUGAAACAGGCUCUAUGUGGCACUAUCAUUGAAGUACCAACCAUGUCUGGAGACAAGCUCACAGUGAACCUUCAAGCUGAGGUAGUGAAGCCCCACACAGUGAAGAGGUUCCCAGGCUAUGGUCUCCCAUUGCCGAAGGAACCGACGCGGAAAGGAGACUUACUUGUGGUGUUUGACAUCAAAUUCCCCGACCGCCUCUCAUCGGGAGUGAAGGAGAUUCUCAUGGAUACUCUACCCAAUUAAUAUCAGACUGAAUAUCUCAUUAGAAUGGGUUUCUGUGUAUAAUGAAGUUGGUUCUGACAGAGGUUUCUUGUUCCAGCACUUGUGAUCUGAGAAAGUCAUAUUGAAAAGGCCUUUGGUAUGACUUUACAGGACACAGUAUGUAGAUUGUUGCCAGUGUUUGCUGAAGUAAUGCUGAUUCACAUUGCACUACUUACCUUGUAAUUUUAGCGAACUGUGUGUGUUGCCAACACCACUCUUUCUUUUGUUUAUUUUGUAAUAGGUUACUUUUUUGUUUAUAAGGAACAGGAGAGGUCUGUCAGAACCUGCUAGUUUAUAUGCUCAAAACUAAUAAUGGGGCAUUCCUACUAGUGAUGUAGGAACUUACUCAUUUAUGUUGCCUAAUUAAGUUACUGAAUGUAUUUUUGUUGUAUGAAUGGCUAGCCAAAAUUAUUUUGAUUGGGUAGACUCCAUGCGUUUUAGUAUGGAGAGCUAAGAGAGACUGGGAUUGUGUGUUUAAAUUGUAUUUAAUGCUGAAUUAAGUUGUAAAUAUUUUUAUUGUAAAUACUUGAUAGCAGUGAUUGUAAGUUUUAGGUUUCAGUAGAAACUUGGAAAAUGCAGUUACAGAGAGGUUAUUGAAAUGUAGCUUGUUAUAGUUUAUAUCAGGCUAAGUUUCAGAACAUUGGAGACAAGAGUUGUAUUAGUUGUGUAGUGACUUGGAAGUGACAUUACUUAUCACUUAUAAUUGCUGUUAAAAAUGACUAAUAAACAAAAUAUGACACAA